AUGAAACCCAUCAGUCAUAUACGUUUUCCGGAAUUAAAUCUUCCUCGGUUCAGUGGUAAAUUAACAGAUUGGUGUGUGUUUCGAGAUGCAUUUCAGUCCGCCAUCGGGAAUCGUGAUGAAAUUAGUAACAUCGAUAAGUUCCAGUAUCUGAAAGGAUUAGUUCAGGGAGAUGCUGCUAGAAUUAUCGCUUCAAUUACGAUUAGUGAGGAUGGUUACCACGAUGCGUGGAGGGCUCUAAAAUUGCGCUACGAAAACAAACGGCAAUUAUUUCGCUGUCAUAUUAAAGCAUUGUACGAGAUACCAAGCAUGAAAAAAGAAUCUGCUGAUGAGUUGCUAAACCUGGUCGACAGGUUCGAACAUCAAAUUUUGACCCUGAAGCGAUUAGGUGAAAGCACAAACAACUGGGAUUCGUUGCUCGUUUACCAAUUGUCUACGCGCUUGGAUCCGAAUACGUUGAAGGAAUGGGAAAGUUAUUGUGCCCGGUUGGAUAGUGAUAAUGUCACCAACGUACUUGGUGGAUAUGCAGAUGAGGAGCAGGAGAAUGAAGAAAUACCGACGUACACAUCUAUGGUCAAUUAUCUACAGAAUUACGCCAGGGUUCUGCAGAGUGUAGGCCCGCUUUCUAGUGCCAAUAGAGAGCGUGAUGGUAAAGUUAAGUUAACAAAAUCCACAGCUUAUCUGAGUGCCACAUCAUCUUCACCAGUACAAGACUCAAACAAGAAGUGUGAAAAGUGUCAGCAGUGCCAUUUCCUGUACCAUUGUCCAGAUUUCCAGAAACUGUCUGAGCAACAACGUUUCGAGUUUGUAAGAGCAAAGAAGUUAUGUGCCAAUUGUCUCCGUAGUACAGAUCAUUUUGCCAAGUCGUGUCCAGGUAAACCCUGUAACCGCUGCCCGAAGAAGCAUCAUACUCUGCUACAUGGUGCCCAAUUCAUCCAACAACCCUCCUCUGCUGGGCCAUCUGCUUCUGGCUCAAUCGCUCUCGUUGCUCAAGCCUCUACUUCGAGCCCAGUUCAAUCAAGGCCGCAGCCUACUAUAAAUAUUCCUGCAACACCAUUGCAGUCCCAGUUCCAACCGCAAUGGUUGCCAGCCGCCCCUGCAAAACAAUUGCAGUCUCAGUUCCAACCGCAACGGUUGCCACCCGCGCCUGCAAUGCAAUUGCAGAAUCAGAUCCAGCCGCAAAGGCUGUCCACAGCAAACGAUUCGCAUCCACAACAGCAAUCUACAGUGCCAUCAGUUCCUGAAAGCCUGCGCUAUGCCAUGGUGGCAUGCAAAGAUCCUGCACAAUCUAUUGUGAUUCUUCCAACCGCACUUGUAGAAGUUAUCGAUGCUCGGAGUCACAAGCAUCUUGCUCAAUGUUUGCUUGACUCUGGUUCCCAAAGCCACACAAAUGCUCUGUGUGACAAGUUACAACUUCCAUGUACUCGUGUACCUGUCCCUGUAGUUGUAUGUGGAAUAGGUCGAUCAACAACCAAGGCUACACAAUCCGUUACCAUCAAGGUAUCGUCUCGAGUUUCUCCGUAUGUCGUAGAGCCGCAACUACUAGUACUCCUCUCGCUGUCCAUCAAGUUACCGGGAUCGACGCUUAACAUCCAAGAAUGGCAUAUUCCUAAGACAGUGCGUCUUGCUGAUCCCACGUUUCACGUGUCGAAUGAGAUUGAUCUGAUCUUGGGAGCUCAGUUCUUUUUCGAUACCCUCCGCUACGGUCGCAUCGAUCUUGGUGAGCAGAUGCCGGUUUUGCAAAAUUCAGCCCUCGGAUGGAUCUUAUCUGGACCGUGUACCAUUCGAGACCAUGAUCACACUGAUCAACGCUCUUGUUUAAUAAGCAGUGCAGUACGAAUAGAAAAUAUCCUCCAGAAAUAUUGGGAGCUGGAAACCGUUCGUGAUACCAAGGGUUGGUCAAUCACUGACAAGUUUUGUGAAGAGCAUUUUCUUGCUAAUACCACAAGGACGACCGAUGGUCGCUAUGUUGUUCGUUUGCCUAAACGGGAAGAACUUGUUCACCAGUUAGAUGAUAACAUGUACCAAGCUACUAGACGUUUCCAUUCGUUAGAGCGUUCAUUGAUGUUAGAUCCACAGAAGAAAGAGCUUUACAAAGAUUUCGUCGCUCAAUAUAUCGAGCUUGGACACACGGGCGAAGUUUCAGAAGAUGAUUUGAACGUCAAACCACAAUUUAUUCUUCCACACCACGGUGUUCUUAAGCUAGACAGUGCUACAACCAAACUGAGAACCGUGUUCGAUGCUUCUUGUAGAUCUCGGUCCGGUUUGGCUCUCAACGAUGUCCUCAUUCCUGGUCCAUGCAUCCAGCAAACGCUGCUAGAGAUAGUACUACGGUUCCGGACUUACCGUUUCGUCGUAACAGCCGAUAUCGAAAAGAUGUUUAGACAAGUGCUUGUCAAUCCGUCAGAUCAGUCAUUGCAACGCAUACUGUGGCGCGAUACACCUGAAUCCAUUUUGAAAGUUUACCAAUUGUUUACAAUUACAUAUGGAUUAAACAACUCUCCUUUCCUAGCAACUCGCGUUUUGCAACAGCUCGCCACUGACGAAGAACAUCGCUUCCUCACUGCAGCUGGGAUCGCUCGCAGAGAUUUUUAUGUAGAUAAUCUCCUCACUGGUUCUAAUGAUAAAGAACACCUAAAGAUAAUUGUAACAGAUAUGAUUGAACUGCUUGCAGCGGGUGGUUUCCCACUUCGACAGUGGUCGUCGAACUGUCAAGAAGUUUUGGACGUCGUUCCGGAAGACUUACGUGAAACUCGCACGCUCUUAGAGCUCAAUCGUGACGCCUCGGUCACUGCGCUAGGACUGCGCUGGGAACCUGGAUCAGAUCAACUAUCGUUUAAACCACCGAAAUGGAAAGAAAACCAACCGUUCACCAAGCGGACAGUGCUGUCACAAAUGAGCAGCCUGUUUGAUCCGCUAGGGCUACUAGGUCCAAGCAUUGUUCAGGCUAAGACUAUAAUGCAAGCUCUCUGGAAGUGUCAACUGGAAUGGGAUACACUGCUUCCUGAGAAAUUCGUCGAAGAGUGGAUGUUGUACCAACAAGAUAUCUUCCUCAUUGACAAUCUUCGAAUUCCUCGUUCGGUUAUGAUCACAUCACCUCACAGAUUGAAGAUUCACGGCUUCAGCGAUGCCUCAAUGCAAGUGUAUGGAGCGUGA